UUGUAAGAAAAUCAAGCAAGUCUGCCGCCCUACCUUCGCUUCAGACCUGCAGUUUUUUUCUUGUGCAAUGGACGGCCGCCUAGACGCUGACUUGUAUCCUCUGGGAUCCGGCUACGUCCCUGAAAUUGAAGGUGUCCAUGACAUAUCAGUUGGCACAAAGAGGGGAUCCGACGAACUCUUUUCUUCCUGCAUAUCCAACGGGCCCUAUAUCAUGAACUCAGCCAAUGGCAACGACAGCAAAAAAUUCAAAGGUGACGUCCGCAGUCCUGGUGUUCCGUCACGUGUGGUCCACGUACGCAAGCUGCCCAACGACAUAAACGAGGCUGAAGUUAUUGGCCUGGGACUGCCCUUUGGGAAGGUCACUAAUCUGCUGAUGCUCAAAGGGAAAAACCAGGCAUUCUUGGAACUGAACAGCGAGGAGUGUGCACAGACGAUGGUGAGCUACUACUCCUCUGUCACCCCUGUCAUCAGAAACCACCCUAUUUACAUGCAAUACUCAACCCAUAAGGAGCUCAAGACGGACAACUCCCCCAACCAAGUGCGUGCCCAGGCAGCUCUGCAGGCAGUCAAUGCACUGCAUGGAGGUGGGAUGACUAGCAUGGCCAUUCCCGCAGAUGCAGCCAGCAUGGGAGGAGCAGGGUCCCAGAGCCCUGUGCUCAGAGUCAUAGUGGAGAACCUUUUCUACCCUGUCACCCUGGAUGUACUACACCAGAUUUUCUCCAAGUUCGGCACUGUGCUGAAGAUCAUCACCUUCACGAAGAACAACCAGUUCCAGGCUCUGAUUCAGUACGCCGAUGGCUUGACAGCUCAGCAUGCCAAACUGUCUCUGGAUGGACAGAACAUCUACAAUGCCUGCUGUACCCUGAGAAUCAGCUUCUCCAAGCUCACCAGCCUCAACGUCAAGUACAACAACGACAAGAGCAGAGAUUACACCCGACCAGACCUCCCCACCGCUGACUCACAGCCCUCCCUUGACCACCAGACCAUGGCGGCUGCUGCAUUCGCUGCUCCGGGCAUUAUCUCAGCCUCUCCCUAUGGUGGAGCUCAUGCCUUCCCCCCAACCUUUGCCAUCCAGCAGGCAUCAGGUCUGUCGAUGCCUGGCAUUCCUGGGGCCCUGGCGUCCCUUGGCGUGGGCCAUAGUGGCAUGGCGGCUGCCGCAGCGGCCGCUAGCCGGCUCGGCCUGUCAGGGCUCACUGCCACUGGGGGACACCACGUCUUGCUGGUCAGCAACCUGAACCCUGAGAGCGUUACGCCACACUGCCUCUUUAUUCUUUUCGGUGUGUACGGCGAUGUGAUGAGAGUGAAGAUCCUGUUUAAUAAAAAGGAGAAUGCUCUGAUCCAGAUGUCUGAUAGCACACAGGCUCAGCUAGCUAUGAGCCACCUGAAUGGCCAGCGUCUUCACGGCAGGGCCAUGCGUGUGACAUCAUCAAAACACACCACAGUGCAGCUCCCCAGAGAAGGCCACGAGGACCAGGGCCUCACAAAGGACUACAGCAACUCACCUCUGCACCGCUUCAAGAAGCCCGGCUCCAAAAAUUAUUCCAACAUCUUCCCACCCUCUGCAACACUCCACCUCUCCAACAUACCGCCUUCUGUGGUGGAGGAUGACCUCAGGAGGCUUUUUGCCAGCUCAGGAGCCACAGUCAAGGCCUUCAAGUUCUUUCAAAAAGACCGCAAGAUGGCCCUGAUCCAGAUGGGCUCAGUCGAGGAGGCGAUCGAGUCCCUCAUAGAGUUCCACAACCACGACCUGGGAGAGAACCACCACCUUCGAGUGUCCUUCUCAAAGUCCACCAUCUGAGUGCCUUGCCCUCCUCCCUCCAAGCCUAUUGCCACCUGAAAGCUACUUUUGUCAAGGUCGCCUUCAGUGGAAAUGGUCACCAUGACAUAUUUAUGGUUGUUGUUCUUUGUAGAAUGUUGCUCCCUUCACCAUCCUUCAUCAUUCCAUCGUUAAUAGGUUUGGGUAUCGCAUUUUUAUCAGUUGUGCUUAUUGAUUCCCAUUUCUGGUCCCAGUUUUCGUUACCAAAAUAUAGUUUCCUAAACUGUAAUGUAGCAUAAAAUACAAGGUAUUUUAAAUAAAGAAAUGUAGAUAGGUAGAAUAUUUCCACACAUGCAUUGUUUGCUGUUUUGUUUUUGAGUUAUCCUGCUAACGUUAGCUGAUUCUGGGGCAUUCUGAUUUUGACUGGGGACCUCGAAAGCAAUUAUAUUUUCCUGUCUUGAGCUUCCUUAUGUGAAGCUUAGCCACAUUUGUAAUCAGUAGUAAUUUUGUAAACACUUUUCACAUGCUUUUGCUCAAGUGUAGCAGACGAUGUAAACAAAUAGGUCCAAGCCUAGCUGAGGAAUCAGUAAAUGGAAUCUAAGCACGUUUCUGUUUCCAGUUAACGACACGUUCUCGGUACCCAAACCAAAUAAUUAAUUUGUUCCUUCAUAAAGUUUUAAGUGAGGCCCUGAGAAAGGGGCAACAUUCUGCAAUGAAACAUGUUAUUGGAGGUAAAGUAGGGGCAGCUGAUGAACUGUCACUUUAGACCAAAUCGCUUAAAGAGAAAAAGAAAAAGACACCCUCCACCACAGAUGUAUGCUUAUGUGGAUGAAUCCCAUCCACACCAGACACACUUCAGCAUUCCUUUUCCUAUGAUAGUCGUGUGGAUAUAUCUAUGUGUGCGUGCCUUUUUUUGAAAUGCCACUUUGGAACCUGUUCGGCCAGUCAGAGAAAAUAACGGUUUGAUACAAAGGCUUUUUGUUUUGGCUCACAGACCUCAAACAAAAACACUUUAUCUCCCAGUAUCCAUUUUGAUUUUAUCCUCGUCGUAAACUACCCGCCUAUUUGCUUCCGGGGAUCCAUACCACUAUCUGUCACUCAAUAAGGAUGCGUUUCUGCUUUCCAUAUCUGUAUCUGCAGUCUUGUGCCUUACUUUGCCCCAGCCGGAUUGCCUUAAGCAUUGCUCGGGCUUUAUUUGGGAAAGACGUGGCUCUCAAAAUGCCUUUAUUUUUGUCAUGCCUUGUGGUAUGUACCAGCAUUGUUAAAGUGGGGGGGAAGUGGCUCAUUCAAUCUUCUGUUUGUUCUUAAACACAUUGGUUUAUUUAGGGAUUUGUAUGCAUAUAUCCCCAUUAUAUGUAUGUAGAAAAUAUGAAUGUAAGUCAGUUAGAUGCCUAAUAUCCUCGCUAGGUGAUGUAGCUCUGUUAGGUGUAUCGUGGCAGGAGUUAGAGCUGUAUCCAGCCUUCCUGUCUUACAGUCCCCACUCACCUCCAUUUUAGUCCUCUCUCGGGGGGGGGCAGCGGUGUGUGGGGCGUCAUUUAACCAUAUUAUGUUCAUCUAUAUGUGGACACCUAUAUAUAUUCAUUUAUCUUUUCUUUUAAUGUUAGCAUUUACAUGUGUAUCACUGCUAAGCUUAACUGAUACUUAAAUGUAGUGGCUGGGUUGGAUCGUUAUCACAGUGCCUUGAGUUUUUAAAUCUGGUCGGUUGACUCUGUUUACCUCUCGUUCAGGUGCGUUCGUCUUACCUGUCUGCAAAUAUGCCUUUAUCCCAUUAUAUUCAGGUAGUCCUACCUGUGAGAGGGCAGCUUAGAGGCAUUCGUCAACUGCGAGUAACACCAGUCUCGGACUGUGUCUAAAAAGAAAACCCUAAACCCAGUAUGAUUUCUUAAAUUCAGGAUUACAGGAUUACAGGUUGAGCAGCUCUCACCCGAUCCUGUCUGUGUCCACUUAAAGCCACAGUCAGGUUCUUUAGUGCACUUUUCCUCAAUGGUAGGUCCAAGUCGGCGCCGUCACGCUCAAGUCUUAAAACGUCGUCACAUUCCUGCGUGCCGCGAGCACCAGUUUUUUUUCCACAGCCUCGACCACUGUAGUUUUGGACCAGACACAGAUGCGCUCUGUCUCUAUUUUUGUAAAAGAUUAUUAUGCAUGGUUUAACGAAAGCUUCAUGUAGCUACAGGCGGUUAUUGCUGUUAAGGACCAAAGUAUCUUCUACCCCUGCUGUUUUGUAGUGUUGUGAUUUCUUAAAGGUUUUUUCACAUUUCCACACUUUGUUUUCCAUUUCUCAGAUGCCUUGGACAAAUGUCACAUGAAGUUGAAAUAUCUUUUGGGUAUCAGCCUAUACUGUAUAUUGUAUCUUUUUUUGUUGGAUUGACUUUACAAAGUCUUUGGUAGAGAUUGCUUUAGGAUGGAUAAUUGAACCACAGUCCUAGCUGUGAUGUUGAUGGUGUAGAAGAUUAUAUGCCUUUUCAAUUAUUUUUUGUUUUGUUUAAAGCUUUUAUUUUCUCUCCUUUUUUUAUAUAUGGGGGCGGGGGUGGGGUUAUUGUAUGAAGCGGGAUUGAUGGUUGUAUAUAUUCAUGUUUUUGUACCACAAAAUCAUUUGGAUUAUAUCCACUUUACGUUCAAAACAUGUAUAUUUUGAUAAAACAAUACAGACCUAUUAAGCUCUGCGGAGCUGUAAAAAAAAAAAAAAAAAAAAAGCAGAAAAAAAACUUUU